CCUCCAUCGAGGAAGAUCCAGAUCGGAAAUGACCAACUGAGUAUACCUCUUAUGUACACUCCACUUGUGAGAUAAGGAAAAAAAAAAAAAAGAGCCAUGCGUAGUGGUUUUCGUAGGCAUGACAAACGAAUGUGUGCAUUUAAUUCACUCAUCCGGGAGCCCAUUCACAGUGCAUACUUCCAUACGCUUAUAUGUCGUGGAAACUCUGUGGCGUUUCUGCAGAGACCAUUUUGACCACCUCCACAGUGUUCUGUACAUUCGUGGGAACAUCACACAAAGAUAGCGCGUGGAAGAAUUCUUCCCUUUUUUUUUUUGCAAAUUGGGUUAAGGGCUACCCCCCUCGCGGAUUUACACCGUGGUAAGAAACCUCCUGGGGUGCGCGUCGAAGCUGGAGAAAGAGGGGGAGAACUGCAGCCGGGCCAAGUGUGCCUCAUCGUAUAAAGAAUUCUAAGGGGGAGGCUCAUCACCGCAUCGUUGCAGAAGUUGUUAGCGGCCGUUGAAAUUACCCCCCUCCCCUCGUCGAUUCGCUAUCCCCCCACCAUGCACCGGCUCAGGUGGAUGCGGAGCGCUCCGCUCAGGCGGUACUCCAAGUUGAGCGGCACAGUUGGCGGGAAGGUUAGCGGAAGUGGCGGCAAGGCCGGUUGCGUGGUGGGGGCCCCCCCCCUCUGUAGACACUUCUCCAGCGGCGAAAGCGCCAACCUGAAGAAGAGCCCAGCCAGCAAAAGAGACGAAAAUAAGUGUAGCAACAAAAUGGGGAAAAUAUCGCAAGUCAUAGGCGCCGUGGUGGACGUAGAAUUUGAAGACACCCCCCCAUCCAUUUUAAACGCUCUUGAAACGGAAUUGGAAGAUAAAAAAAUCAUCUUAGAGGUGGCACAACAUUUGGGGAACAAAGUGGUGAGGACCAUCGCCAUGGAUGCAACGGAUGGGUUGGUCAGAGGGCAAAAAGUUUUAGAUAGUGGGAAACCAAUAUCGGUGCCAGUCGGCAAAGAAACGCUUGGAAGAAUUAUGAAUGUCAUUGGGGAACCUAUAGACGAAUGUGGGGAUAUAAAAUGUACAAAAAUGUUGCCCAUUCAUAGAGAACCCCCCUUAUUUACAGACCAGAGCACCGAGCCGGCUCUCCUAAUUACAGGCAUUAAGGUGGUGGAUCUGAUAGCCCCAUACGCCAAGGGGGGGAAAAUAGGCCUAUUUGGCGGCGCAGGAGUGGGAAAAACGGUCCUAAUCAUGGAGCUAAUAAACAACGUAGCGAAGAAGCAUGGGGGGUAUUCCGUCUUCGCAGGAGUUGGUGAAAGGACAAGAGAAGGCAACGACCUCUAUCACGAAAUGAUAACCACUGGGGUAAUAAAAAAAAAAAAAAUCGGAAAUGGGCAAUAUGAUUUCAAUGGGUCUAAGGCAGCUCUGGUUUAUGGGCAGAUGAAUGAACCACCUGGAGCUCGUGCGAGAGUUGCCCUAACUGGUUUAACGGUGGCCGAAUACUUUAGAGAUGAAGAAAACCAAGACGUGCUACUCUUUGUAGAUAACAUUUACAGAUUUACGCAGGCAGGGUCCGAGGUCUCAGCUCUGUUAGGUCGUAUCCCAUCUGCUGUUGGAUAUCAACCCACUUUAUCCACCGAUUUGGGAGCCCUACAGGAGAGAAUCACCACGACGAAAAAUGGCUCCAUCACAUCUGUUCAGGCUGUGUAUGUACCUGCAGAUGAUUUGACAGACCCUGCACCUGCCACGACCUUUUCUCAUCUGGACGCAACGACGGUGCUCUCUAGAUCGAUUGCAGAAUUAGGUAUUUACCCUGCUGUCGACCCGUUGGAUUCUACCUCCCGUAUGUUAACGCCAGAUAUUGUUGGUGCAGAGCAGUACGAAGUGGCUAGAAAUGUGCAGCAAAUUCUACAGGAUUAUAAGUCCUUGCAAGAUAUCAUCGCCAUUUUAGGAAUCGAUGAGCUGUCAGAACAGGAUAAGCUGACCGUCGCCCGGGCAAGGAAGGUUCAGAGGUUCCUGUCGCAACCCUUUGCCGUGGCCGAGGUGUUUACGGGCAAGCCGGGCAGGUUCGUCGAGUUGGAGGACACCAUCAAGGGCUUUUCGGAGCUGCUCAAGGGCAACUGCGACGACCUGCCCGAAAUGGCCUUCUACAUGGUGGGCGGCCUGGAGGAGGUGCGCUCCAAGGCGGUGGAGAUGGCCAAGCAGGUGUCCUGA